ACUUCCGGCGUACGAGGCGGUGACAAUGGGAGCGGCGCGGGCGGCGCCGGGAGGCAGCUGACAGGCGUCUGCGGCUUCGCUUCAUGGCCGCUCUCCCGCCCCGCCUGGGCUCUGUGGGGAGCUGGGCGGCCCGCGGCGGCCGGGACCCCGAGCUGGCGAGCCGACCGGAGACCUGUGCGCGGCGCCGCUGAGGCGCAGCAUGUGAAGAGGAGACGGCCUCCAGCGCGAGGCGAGCCUCUCAGCCGGCCGGGAUGGCCACGACGGCCGAGCUCUUCGAGGAGCCUUUUGUGGCAGAUGAGUAUAUUGAACGUCUUGUAUGGAGAACCCCAGGAGGAGGCUCUAGAGGGGGACCUGAAGCUUUUGAUCCGAAAAGAUUAUUAGAAGAAUUUGUAAAUCAUAUUCAAGAACUCCAGAUAAUGGAUGAAAGGAUUCAAAGGAAAGUAGAGAAACUAGAGCAACAGUGUCAGAAAGAAGCUAAGGAAUUUGCCAAGAAGGUACAAGAACUCCAGAAAAGCAAUCAGGUUGCCUUCCAACAUUUCCAAGAACUAGAUGAGCACAUCAGCUAUGUAGCAACCAAGGUCUGUCACCUUGGAGACCAGUUGGAGGGGGUAAACACACCCAGACAACGGGCAGUAGAGGCUCAGAAAUUGAUGAAAUACUUUAAUGAGUUUCUAGAUGGAGAAUUGAAAUCUGAUGUUUUUACAAAUUCUGAAAAGAUAAAGGAGGCAGCAGACAUCAUUCAGAAGUUGCACCUAAUCGCCCAAGAGUUACCUUUUGAUAGGUUUUCAGAAGUUAAAUCCAAAAUUGCAAGUAAAUACCAUGAUUUAGAAUGCCAGCUGAUUCAGGAAUUUACUGGUGCGCAAAGGAGAGGUGAAAUCUCCAGAAUGAGAGAAGUAGCAGCUGUUUUACUCCAUUUUAAGGGUUAUUCCCAUUGUGUUGAUGUUUAUAUAAAGCAGUGCCAGGAGGGUGCUUACUUGAGAAAUGAUAUAUUUGAAGAUGCAGCAAUACUCUGUCAACGGGUGAACAAACAAGUUGGAGAUAUCUUUAGUAAUCCAGAAACAGUACUGGCUAAACUUAUUCAAAAUGUAUUUGAAAUCAAACUACAGAGUUUUGUGAAAGACCAGUUAGAAGAAUGUAGGAAGUCCGAUGCAGAGCAGUAUCUCAAAAGUCUCUACGAUUUAUAUACAAGAACCACAAAUCUUUCCAGCAAGUUGAUGGAGUUUAACUUAGGUACUGAUAAACAGACUUUCUUGUCCAAGCUUAUCAAGUCCAUUUUCAUUUCCUAUUUGGAGAACUAUAUUGAAGUGGAGACUGGAUAUUUGAAAAGCAGAAGUGCUAUGAUCCUACAGCGCUAUUAUGAUUCAAAAAACCAUCAAAAGAGAUCCAUUGGCACAGGAGGUAUUCAAGAUUUGAAAGAGAGAAUUAGACAACGUACCAACUUACCACUGGGGCCAAGUAUCGAUACUCAUGGAGAGACUUUCCUAUCCCAAGAAGUGGUGGUUAAUCUUUUGCAAGAAACCAAACAAGCCUUUGAAAGAUGUCAUAGACUCUCUGAUCCUUCUGAUUUACCAAGGAAUGCCUUUAGAAUUUUUACCAUUCUCGUGGAAUUUUUAUGUAUUGAACAUAUUGAUUAUGCCUUGGAAACAGGACUUGCUGGAAUUCCUUCUUCAGAUUCUAGGAAUGCAAAUCUCUAUUUUUUGGAUGUUGUGCACCAGGCCAAUACUGUUUUUCAUCUUUUUGACAAGCAGUUUAAUGAUCACCUUAUGCCACUAAUAAGCUCUUCUCCUAAGUUAUCUGAAUGCCUUCAGAAGAAAAAAGAAAUAAUUGAACAGAUGGAGAUGAAAUUGGAUACUGGCAUUGAUAGGACAUUAAAUUGUAUGAUUGGACAAAUGAAGCAUAUCUUGGCUGCAGAACAAAAGAAAACAGAUUUUAAGCCAGAAGAUGAAAACAAUGUUUUGAUUCAGUAUACUAAUGCAUGUGUUAAAGUCUGUGCUUAUGUAAGAAAACAAGUGGAGAAGAUUAAAAAUUCCAUGGAUGGGAAGAAUGUGGAUACAGUUUUGAUGGAACUUGGAGUACGUUUUCAUCGACUUAUUUAUGAGCAUCUUCAACAAUAUUCCUAUAGUUGUAUGGGUGGCAUGUUAGCAAUUUGUGAUGUAGCUGAAUAUAGGAAGUGUGCCAAAGACUUCAAGAUUCCUCUGGUAUUACAGCUUUUUGAUACUCUGCAUGCACUUUGCAAUCUUCUGGUAGUAAACCCAGAUAAUUUAAAGCAAGUCUGCUCAGGAGAACAACUUGCUAACCUGGACAAGAACAUUCUUCACUCCUUCGUACAACUUCGUGCUGACUAUAGAUCUGCUCGCCUUGCUCGACAUUUCAGCUGAGGUUGAAUUUACAAGGGAAAUGUGUUCUACUUCAGCAAGUCUUGGUUGAUAGAAAGCACAGGAGGUUUCUUACGACACAGCCAACAUUUUAUUGAAAAAUGACUGUUUGGAAAAACAGCAGCCAUACUUACCCUUGAGAUUUUAUUUGAAAUUUGGACACUACUAAGCAUAUUUUGCUUUUUUCCCUUAAGUUGAAUUUUAAUUCCAUUUUUAAACUUAUAAAUUUCAAACUUUAUGAAGCUACAUGUCAUUGUUUUCAUCCUGGAAAAUGUUGGUGUCAGAAGGCAAAUGAGAUGUUACCAGUGUUCUGGUUCGUGUUCUUUAACAUAGUCCAUUGGGAAAUUUCACCAUCCUGUUUUGCAUUAGUGAUGGGUAAAAUACAGCAAAACUACAUUUAUUAUUUGUAAGUUUUCAAUGACCUUUUCAGCACUGGUAAUUGUUAAUCAGGUUAUUUUAGGCUUUCCUAGAGAACUUUUUGCUUCUUUCAAAAGGUUAACAUUUGGGUGUAAUUUUUGUAGUUGGUUGAUUGGAUUUUUUGUGAGGUACUACAAUAAUACUAUUCCAAGAAAAAUAGUAUAAACAAAACUAAAAUGAUGAAAUGUUUUAUGUAGGUAUUAGCAGUGGAUCAGAAUACAUCUGCUUUCUGGGUGAAAAAAAAAACUUAAAGUUUACAGUUUCUUAUUCGGUAAACAGAUUUUAAGCCAAUGCUAGCAAGAAAUUAAUAAAACUACCUUAUUUUAUAUUUCGCUUAGGAUAAGGUGGAGGACCUUAACUAAAGGACCAUAUUUAUUCAUUAUUUUAAUAUUAUAAGGGAAGUUAAAAAAUGAGGUAUAGUCUAUAUGGUGCAUAUCAGAAGUAAUGACAGUGUCUAGCAACAAUGCUAUCUUUUAAGAUUUCUGUCUUUGUGCUAAACUGGAGUAAGAUGGAAUGGCUGAACAUGCAGGUCGUCUUCUAUUUUAAGAGGAAUUGGGAAUUGAUAGCACUGUAUUCUGAGUCUCGAGAUGAACUUCGCAAGGACUAGUUGCUUUUUAAAUCUUUAGUUUCUGUCAUUACCUUUUUCAAGUCAUUGCUGAAGGGAUUCCUGCUGAAUGUAGUUAAUUGAAUUGGCUUAAUAUGGUGACAUAAUAAAUCACUUAUAAAAUUUUAAACAUCAAGUAGAAAUUUAGAAAGACCUUUACUCUAAAAGCUAUAAACUUGGCUCUGUGAAAGUGCGUUCUUAGCUAUAUGUAGUGUUUCAGCUUCCACUGUUUUGUUCAUGGUCUUCCAGGAACAGAUAAACUUUAAUGUUCAACUCAUUUUUGGGUUUUCUUUUCCUUUAAUGUAGGCUUUUGGGCCUAAUGUUGGAAAACUACUUUUAAGAAUAUGUUUCUGAAUGUUCAUCAACUUUACCAAAACAUCCAGGUCUAGAGCAAGCUAGCUACUGUUUAAGUUACUAUCAACUGAAUUUUCUUUAUUUUCUGUUUAGCCCAGUGUUAUCAAGGUAAGCAAGAGAAAUGAAGUAUGCCAAUUUUUAUCAAAGCAUUUUAGGAAAUUGUGGCAGCUUCAGAAGGCUGUCUAGUUCUCUAUUCCUUAGCCAAAGGAGAGCCAGAACAGGUUUUGGAUACUAGAGAAAGUCAUAUGCUUGUACUAUUGCCAUUUUAGAAAGCUCUGAUGUGAAUUCAAAUUAUACCUCUGUUACUUAAAGCCAACAAUUUUAAAGCAGUAGUUUUACUGGCCACUUGAACUCUUUGUACACAGUGUCAAUUUGUAAAAAAAAAAAAAAAAGGGAAAAAAAAAUCAAAUAAAACAUGAGAGAACAUUUUAAGACUUCCAAAUUAGAGAAGUGCUUCAAAUUAUUUUGUUUGGAUUAAUUUUUUAAAUGUAAAACAUAUAUUUGUUGCUUAGAUAUUUUGUUAGUUAUUAUUUCCAUGUUUGAGUUCUGUGCAAUAUUUUCCAUUAUGUCCAUUGACAGGACAGAAACAAAGAAAACUCAUAAGUGAAUACUUAAUUUACAAGUGUUAACAUUAAUGCUCAAUAAACAGAUUCCCUGCAA